CCAGUAUAGAUCGAAACAAAAACGAAGGGCGGCGGCAGCCGCUGAGACGGAUGGGGGCGGUGGCCGCUGAGACGGGCGGCCGGCGGCGACGGCCGGCGGCCAGGACGAAGAUGCCACGCGACAGCCUUGCUCAAGGUCUCGAGGCGGAGGCUACGCUCGCGGCCGAGGUAGCAUGGAAACUGAGGGAAGCUGUCGCAUCCAUGGCUGCUGGGUCAUUGGACAUGGAUGUGGAUUCGCCACCACAUCUUUCCAUAGAGACCCUUGCUAAUCAGGUUAUAUUGGAUGGUGAAGAAGAACAUUCUUUGGAAGUACCUGCUGCUGCAAAUCCCCUAGAAGAUAGCAGCGACAGAAUGAAUAGGUUAAUUGUUAUGCAAAAAAGGUUAUUGGAAGCACAGAAGCGAAAGAGAUCAAUUUCAUCGGUUCACACAUCAAAUUCUGUACAUUUGGAUACUCAGUUAACUAGCUCUCCCACUCGAAUCUCUCCAGUUCAGAAAAGAACUAAAAGAGUUGGUUCUAAAAAAUCACUAGUUUGGAAGCAUUUUGGUAUAGGAUUGAGGGGACAAGAUCCUGUUGCAGUGUGCAAAUAUUGUGGACAAAUAUAUGCAUGUGAUAGAUCCACUCAUGGAACUAGCACCUUAUGGUACCAUCUAAGAUCCUUAUGCCCAAAAGAGCCACUCAAGGGUCAGGACAUGCAAAAGGAAGGGCCAAGCGACACCCAAACAAUCUUACUGUCGGUACACUCUGUGACAGAACCGCCAAGUUAAAUGGCUUAAUUAAGCGUAAUGGCCAU